AUGGCUGGUCGUGCUCCCCGCAGUAUCUUGUGCAGAUACUACCUCUCUUAUUCGUGCCGUGCCGGAAACCGAUGCAGAUUCUCCCAUGAUAAGACGACGGGGAUCUUGCCCCUCUGUCGAUACUUCGAGACAGGCCUGUGCCGACACGGAGAGCGCUGCCGUUACCGGCACGUUUCCGAUCAGGCCGACAGUGCGCCAUCUCCCUCAUCCUCCGGCGCUCAACCGAAUGAAGCUCCGGUAAAGUUGUGCGAGCUGCACAUGAUUUCCGGCGCCUGUCGGAUCAAGGAGUGCCGAGCGAUUCACGGUAGACUCUGUAAGACUUGCAGCAUGUACGUCCUCCACCCAAGCAACCCUGCCCUAGCGGAUCAGCAUGUGGAAGAGUGCCGGAGGACUUGUCGGGAGCAAAAGAAGUCGGCCUCGCUGCUCGCGCGAUCAUCCCAACUCCAGUGCGGCAUCUGCCUAGACGUCGUUCUCGAGAAGGAAGCAGAAUCUUCGAGAAUAUUCGGCGUUCUUGAGGAAUGCUCACACGUCUUCUGCUGGGACUGCAUCAGGCAGUGGAGGAAGACGAAAACAGUUUGCCCAAAAGUCGCCAGAGGAUGUCCAGGAUGCCGGACGGAGUCCUUCGUAGUAGUUCCGUCGGCGUAUUUCGUCACAGAGGGAGAGAGGAAGCGCACGCUCAUCGAAAGCUUCAAGAUAGCUCUGUCUAAGAAGGAAUGCAAGCUCUUUGAUCAGGGCCGGGGCAUAUGCCCGUUCGCAAGCAGAUGUCUCUCCAGGCAUGCUUUGCCGGACGGUACGAUCUUGCCGAAAAGCGGCCCGGACGAUCGCGAGGGCGAACCAUCCUGGCAGUAUCUCCUGCUAGAAGAUGGAUCAGUGGCUGUUAUCGCCGGCCCAGUCGGUAGCCGUCUCGUGCAUGUCAUACCCGGACCGAGCCAGUACGGGGGAUAUUACGUCCGUGUGUAG